CUUGGGCCGAUGGCCGAGCACGAGUCGCGCUCGCUCCUCCACGGAUGCGAUGGCGAGACUGGCGAGUCGGAGGACCUCCUGAUUCUCCCCGCCUCGACGGGCUCCCGCUGGCUGCGCGGUAUUCGAUGUCCUGGCGGCCACGCAGGGUGCACCAGGCGGCGGCCAUCUGCGCCGCCCUGGCCGCCUGCGGGGCCGCCGUGUCCAUGGCCUCGCGCCAGCACGGUGCCCGCCUCGCGAGGACCGGGCCCGGAGGCGUCGGCGACCUGACGCAGCUGCAGGAGAGCGGCGACGGCCAGGCGUGCCACACCGCCAUCCCCGGGGAGGAGUGCUACCAGAACAUCGCCUGGCACAGCACGGACGGACAUUGA